AUGUCCAGUCCCCCCGUCAAGCCAUUUCUUAUAGGAGUUGCUGGUGGCCCAUGUUCUGGAAAAUCUACCGUUUGUGAAAAAAUCGUAAAAGAUCUAGAAUGUUUGACUGAUAAUCAAGCAAAUCGUGUGGCUGUAAUUGCACUGGAACAUUUUUAUCGUCCAAAAAGUGCAGAGCAACGUGUAUUAGCAACACGUGGUGAUUGGAAUUUAGAUCAUCCAGUAGCAUUUGAUGAUGAAUUAUUGUUUACUACAUUACAAGAUUUGUUAAAUGGUAAAACUGUUCGUAUAAAUCGAUAUGAUGUGCGUACUUUUUCACAUAUUGAUGGCGAAUAUGAAAAUAUUGAACCGGUCGAUGUUAUCAUUAUGGAAGGAAUACUCGUAUUUUAUUUUCCACAAAUUCGAGACCUAUUUAAUAUGAAACUGUUUGUUGAUACUGAUGCUGAUACACGUUUGGCUCGACGAGUAUUAAGAGAUAUGAAAUUGCAUGGUAGAAAUUUAGAACAUAUUCUAAAUAGUUAUACAAAUUACGUUAAACCAGCAUUCGAAGAUUUUUGUUUACCAACAAAAAAGUAUGCCGAUGUUAUUAUACCGAGAGGUGCUGAUAAUUCUGUAGCAGUUGAUCUGAUUGUACAACAUAUUAAAGAUUUUUUAAAACAAAAUACAGAUAUGGCAGUACAAUCCCCAUUAACACAACAUUGGUCACUCAUUCGUUACUCGGUUGAUAUUCAUAAUUCUGCAAACAGUGGUGGUACUAUUCUACAGCGUCAGUUUGAUCGUAGUGAUGGUCAGUUGCGUUUGAGUUUAACAUCGACACAACAACUAUUUGUUACCAGAGAUAAUGAUAUUGAAGAAUGUAUUGACUUAUGGCCAACAGUUAUUAGUAGUGUAACGGGUACAUAUGUUGGUGAUGCUCUGUUACUUUAUUAUAUUACCGGCAAUCGAUGUAGACGUGAAUUUCGUGUACAAUUUGCUUCAAGUGAUACGCAAAAAGGCUCGGAUCAUUGCGAAAACUGUGUAAAAUAUUUGAAAAAACUUUGUAAAUUAACAAAUAUGAAUGAUAAUGAGACCUCUGGUGUUGAACAAACAAUGUCAACAACAAUUGACGCAAAUUCAAUUGUUAGUACGCCAGAUAUGAUUAAAUUAUUAUUGAGCCAGCAACAAACAAUAAAGUUAUCGUCUUAUUAUUAUAGUGAACCUAUUCAUAAUGAAAAUAUGACAGAGUUUUUGGAAAAAUAUUUAAUUGAACCAACAUUUCCAGACUUUGUUUCAACAGUAUAUGCCAUGCUCGAAUCAAUGGCGAAAAAGAAAUGA